ACAGAGCGUGGGAGAGAGGGAGGAAGAAGGACCCAGAGGGGGGUGACGUGUGUGUGUCCCCUUGUGCCUGCCCAUCUGCCUGCACCCCAGGAAUGGGGGCCCCAGUAACCCCGGCCUGCCUGCUGCUCCUCCUGCACCUCACAGCUGGGACAUCUGCAGAGCCGCACUAUGUGGUGGUGAGCCCAGCCGUACUCUACCACCCGCACACGGGGACGGUGUCAGUUCAUCUCAGCGACCUCAACGAGACCGUCCAGGUGAGCGUCCGGCUGGAGAGGGGGGAUGGGCCCAGCGCUAUCACCCUGCUGGAGAGAGAGGUCCAGGAGCCCCGUCUGCACGAGAACGUGCGCUUCCAGGUUCCAGCCCCGUCUGGGGGGCAGCAGGAAGUGGCAGAGCUGCACGUCUCGAUCCGGGGAGAUGCCCUGCAGUUCUCUGAGCGGAAGAAAGUGCUGGUGCGGGCGCUGCAGCCGGGGACCUUUGUGCAGACGGACAAGGCCAUCUACAAGCCGGGACAAACAGUGAAGUUUCGAAUCGUCAGUUUGGACAAAGACUUCGUUCCCAGUACCCGGAAGCUGCCCCUGGUGACUGUGCAGGAUCCCAGCGGGAACCGCAUCGCCCAGUGGCGAGAUGUGACUUCGCAGCAGGGCAUCGUGGAUCUGUCCCUCCCGCUGUCUGCAGAGCAGGCCCUGGGGACGUACACCAUCGAGGCGCAGGGGACGAGGCACUCGUUCAGCGUGGAGGAAUACGGUGCGCAGCGGAACCCAGUGCUGCCCAAGUUCAAAGUGACCCUGGAGCUGCCCCCCAUGAUGACGGUGCUGGAUGAGACGCUCCUGCUGCGGGUGUGCGGCCGAUACACCUCCGGGAAGCCCGUCCUGGGGAGGGUCCAGGCCAGCCUGUGUUGGGAGAAACAACCAACAUAUCUCUGGUCCCCGUACGGUUUUUAUGAGGAGCCAACAACCAUGUCUCUGUGCAUGGUGCUUACUGGCCAGACUAAGAGAAAUGGCUGCUUUUCCAGAGAGGUGGAGAUGGCUCGCGUAGUGCCGACUGACUCUGGCUAUGGGAUGAGCCUCCAGGCCAAGGUGUCUCUCGUGGAGGAGGGGACAGGGGUGGAGCUCAACGCGACCAAGAGCUGCAAGAUCGUGUCUAAAAUCCCUAUAGUGACCUUUGAGGAUGAUGACGAUACCUACAAGGCUGGAAUCCCCUACACUGGCAAGAUGCUCCUGGAGACGGCAGAUGGCUCUGCACUGAAGAAUGAGAAGCUGCAGCUCUUUGUUAGCUAUGGGGAUAAGAAUAAGAACCAGACCUUCCUGACCGACGAGUCUGGCAGAGCCUCCUUCGAGCUGGACACCUCCGGCUGGACCGGGAGCGUCCAUCUGAGGGGGCACUUCAAGCAGGUGAACAACAGCGCUGAGUAUGACAGCGUCUAUCCCAGUUACCCGGAUGCCGAUCGUCACCUGAUGUCCUUCUACUCCAAGAGCCAAAGUUUCCUGAAGAUCCGCUCGCUGGGAGGGGUGCUGUCCUGCGACCAGGCCCAGCAGCUCCAGGUGGAUUACGUCAUUGCUAGGGAGGCCCUGGGGAACGGGUCCAGGAGCCUGGAUUUCAUCUUCCUGGUCGUGGCCAAGGGAGCCAUCGCCAGGAUCCUCCACAAGGGGCUGGACCUCAGGGAGGGGGCUGGGCUGACGGGCUCCUUCUCUGUGGAGCUGCCCGUCGGCGCUGACCUGGCGCCUGCUGCCACGGUGCUGGGUUACACGGUGCUGCCCGAUGGCGAGAUGGCUGCCGACAGCGCCCGGCUGCAAAUGGCCAAGUGCUUCCCGAACAAGGUGAAGCUGGCCUUCUCGCAGGACCGGGCCCUGCCGGGCUCAGAUCUCCAGCUGCGGGUGCAGGCUGCCCCCGGGUCCCUGUGCGCCGUCCGCGCCGUGGAUCAGAGCGUGCUGCUCAUGAAGCCCGAGGCCGAGCUCAGCGUCGACACGGUCUAUAACCUGCUCCCCGAUUUUCCCAGAGGAGACUAUCCCGAAGCAGUGCGAGAGCCUGAGUCAUGUUAUGAACCGCCCCGGGUUAUAACUCAUCACUGCCGCGCCUUAGGUCCCAGGUACAGGUGUCGCAGAGGGCUUAGGAGCUGGACUCCCCCUCAGACUGACACCUACAGCCUGUUUAAGGAUGCGGCUUUGAAAAUUCUCACCAACGCCAACACCAAGAAGCCCUGUGAACAUGGAGACCUUUUAACACGUCAUGUUGUCCUAGCCUCGCCUGUCUGGCGUGGCCCCGCAUUGUCUUCACUAGGGUGGGGCUCCCUGAACCCCCCCUUUGUAUCUUUUCUUGGCAUGAUCCCUGGGGCAGCAAGUGUGGCUAGUGCAGCAGGGACCCCAGUGAGCAAUGGCCAGCCCGUGCCAGAACGCUGCACCCAGGAGGAGCCAGCGCCACGUGCGUACUUCACAGAGACGUGGCUGUGGGACCUGGUGCCUGUGGGCGAGGGGGGCUCCAAGGACGUCCCAGUCUCGGUGCCCGACACCAUCACGGAGUGGAAAGCUGGGAUGUUCUGCACGGCGGAGGUCGGCUUUGGGCUCUCACCCACGGCCACCUUCACAGCCUUCAAACCCUUCUUUGUGGAGCUGGUCUUGCCGUACUCCGUGAUCCGGGGAGAGGCCUUUGCCCUAAAGGCCACCAUCUUCAACUACCUGCGGCAGUGCAUCAAGGUGCGAGUGACGCUGGCGGAGUCUGCGCAGUUCCAGGUGCAGGCAGGCGAAGAUGGCACCUACACCAGCUGCCUCUGUGCAGACAAAGGGAAAACCUUCCAGUGGGAGGUGAUGGCGAGCAGCCUGGGGGAGGUGAACGUCACUGUCAGCACCGAGGCUCUGCGCACCGAGGAACUGUGCGGCACAGAGGUGGCCGUGGUGCCGGCCCAGGGGAGAGUGCACACUGUGAUAAAGCCCCUGCUGGUCCAGCCUGGAGGGAUCCUGGAGGAGAAGGCGCACAGCUCCCUGCUCUGCCAGGAAGCGUCUGAAGAAAUCUCCUUGCAGCUGCCUGCGAACGUCCUGGCGGGGUCCGAGCGGGCCCACGUGACUGUCCUGGGAGACAUAAUGGGCACAGCUCUGCAGAAUACAGAACAUCUGCUGGCCAUGCCCUACGACGAUGGAGAGGAGAACAUGGUCCGGUUCGCUCACAACAUCUACAUCCAGCAGUACCUGGAGAAGACCGGGCAGCUGAGCCCGGAGAUCAGGGACAAGGCCAAGGGUUUCCUCCAGAGCGGCUACCAGGACGAGCUGCUCUAUAAGCACAACGACGGCUCUUACAGCGCCUCUAGGAAGAGCAACGCCACGGGCAACACCUGGCUGACGGCCUUCGUUCUCAAGUCCUUUGGCCAGGCCAGACCCUACAUCUCCAUCGACGAGAAGCACCUAGAGGACGCCCUAAGGUGGCUACAGCGCCGCCAGCGGAAGACCGGCUGCUUCCGCAGUGUGGGGAAGCUGUUGAACAACGCCCGGCAGGGCGGUGUGAUGGAUGAGCUCUCUCUCUCGGCUUACAUCACGGCGGCACUGCUGGAGCUGGGGCAGCCGCUCACGGACCCCAUGGUGACCAGGGCCCUCCAGUGUCUCCAGGAGUCGAGCACCAGCGACCUCUACACGCAGGCGCUGCUGGCCUACGCCUUCGGGCUGGCGGGGAGAACUGAGCUGCGGGACACCCUUCUGCAGCGCCUGGCCCAGCACAGCGUCAGCGCCGGGGAACAGCUCCAUUGGCAGAGGAAGGUGAAGGCCCUGCCCAGCCCCUACGGGAACCAGGCCCCAUCGGCAGAGGUGGAGAUGACGGCUUAUGUGCUCCUGGCCUAUCUCUCCCUUCCCAACGUGUCUGCUGCCGACAUGACGACCGCCGCCCGGAUCGUCCGCUGGCUCAGCAAGCAGCAGAACCUCUAUGUGGGCUUCAUCUCCACACAGGACACGGUGGUGGCCCUGCAGGCCCUGGCCAAAUAUGCAGCCCUGACGUACAGCGCGAGUGGGGCUGUGUCGGUGACGGUGAGCUCCCAGGCCGGGGCCCGGCAGCAAUUCCACGUGGAGAACGCCAACCGGCUGGUGCUGCAGCGAGCGGCCCUGCAGGAGAUCCCCGGGCAGUACACAGUGCGGGCCAGCGGCAAGGGCUGUGUUUUUGUGCAGCUGACUCUGCGCUACAACGUGCCACCCCCAAAGAGCGCCGCGACCUUUGACCUGCGGGUGGAGACGGAGCCGAAGGAGUGCACCGAGAGCGCCAGAUCCCUCUUCAGCCUCGUGCUGCACACCCGAUACAGCGGGGAGCGCCCAGCCUCCAACAUGGCCAUCAUCGAGGCCAAGCUGCCGUCCGGCUACACCCCUGUCAAGAGGUCCCUGCGGCUGCUGGAGAAGCAGCCUUUGGUGAAGAGGCUGGAGGUGCAGAACGACCAGGUCACGCUCUAUCUGGACCAUCUGACAAAGGAGGCGUCGAGUUUCACCUUCUCCCUGGAGCAGGAUUUCCCUGUGAAGAAUCUCAGAGCAGCCCCAGUGAGACUGUACGAUUACUACAAGACGAGUGAACACACAGAGGCUGAGUAUAGUGCCCCCUGCAGCUCAGCCCCUGAUGCCGACACGAUGGAAAAUUCCCACUGAAGCCCCUGCCCCUGCUGGGCAGCCCCCUCCCCUCCCGAGAGCGCCGCGCCGGCAGCCGACACCCCAGGAUCUGGGGGGCACGGACAGGCCUCGUCUCAGCUGCUGCUUCCCGGACCCUCUGCCCUACCCCAUGGCCCUGGGCUGGAAGGAGGCUGCAGCCCCGCGGUCGAGACACGGACUCUUAGCGCCUUCUUCGGCCAACGCCUCCCCGCUCACUCUGGAAACAUCCCACCUGCUCCUGUGACAAGUCACCACAGAAAUGAGGGGGACGGAGGGAGAUUAGCGCAAAAACGAAUGGACACUUUGGGCAGGGUCAGUUCCCCCGCUGCCCCUGCAGACAGCGCCUCCCCCCUGCAGACAGCUCCCCCCGCUGAGUCAGUGUCAGGGACCAGCCCACCUAGGACCAACUGCUGGCCUGCUCCCUAACUGCACUGCUAGCCCAGAUUGGAAUGGACAGAGCACCCACGGCCCCUGCCUGGCUCACCGUCUUUUGUGUCAGCACCUGGUGACCGCCCCCUCCUUUGCCCCCCCGCAGUAGCUUUUGCAACCCUUUUCCUUUCACCCAUGCAGCGAGUUAGUAGUUCUCAGCCUCAGCUGCAUGGUCCCAAAGAGCAGCGCUUGCGGUCCCAUCCCCGAUUGUAUGUCACGCUACGGAAGUGGUCGCUCCGUUUGUCUCUAGCCCCACAGAGGGGCUUUCGGAAGCUGUGGUUUAUGCCAGUUCACCUUUGCUGAGAGAAUCCAGAAGCGAGGAGGAUCCAGGAGAGAGUAAGGCCAGAAUUUCCAGGCCAACAUCCCAACACGGGGCCGGAUUUCUCAGCGGUCAGCAUGCCAGGUGCAGGUUGGGUGCUGAGCUCUUUAGCAAACCUGUCCCCCAGCCAGGGGAGGAAGGCAAGGGGGUGGAGUCCAGGAGUUUGGAGGCAAAGGGGAUAUAAGGUCCUGGCUUGUCCCCAGCCCAUGGAGGAGCCGCUGCCACGCCCAGCAUCUUUUUUCAGGCCAUUUUAUUUCCCAAACAUGAGCAAAACCAACAAAACAAAUCCUCAGGGAUUUCCUCCUUUGCCUCUCAGUCCCUCCUGCUUCAGGGCCUUUGGCAGGAUUCUUCUGUGCUCCUCUGACAGAGCAUCACCUCCCAGGGCGUUUCCCCCAGCACCUUCCCACUGCCUCCUGCUCCAUGAGCAUGCCCUGUCCUUGCUGCCAGCCUGGCUGUCCAUAGCCCCAGGUGCUGCCCCGCUCUUUUGAUUGGCCACAUUGGGAGCCCCUGUUCUAGCAAGGGGAGCUGGACCGGCUUCAUUUGAAGAGCCAGCUACCCAGGGACAGGGGAGUAGAUGGGGAGGUAGCCACAGGGGGACAGAGGGAAGGCGUCUGAGCUUAGAGGAAGCAGUCGCCUAGUUGAUGGAAAGGAGCCAGAAGAGAGUGAUUUUGAAGUUGAGAGUGAGAGACGGUGCAAAGGCAUAGGUGGUGUGUGCACCCCCACCCCGUUUGGGGAGCCUAGCCGCCUGCCCCGCCUCUUUUGCCCAAGGCCCCAUCCCCACUCUGCCCCUUCUACGCUAUCGCAGGCCAUCACACCCCUACUCCGGCACACUUCUGGGCUGCCUACAAACCCCCAGCCAUAUUUCGGACACAUGAUUUCAUCACCCAUGUAACUUCAAUGGACUCCCCCUCCCCGCAGUCAUGUCAUUGUUUCUAGGUGUAUGAUUACACCGGAGUCGCAGGAAGACACUAUAAGGUUCUUCUUUUUAACAUCCCAGCACAUUUUGGCAAGAGUGAGCGAGUUCCUAGUAAAACUUAAAGC